AUGUCAGAGGAACAAGGAAAAGACUCUCCGUCUGAGACAAGUCUCUCAGAGAAACAGAAUGUAAGAUCAGGUUCGCAUGUGUCCAGCUCUGUGUCUGUGAAGAGUGACCAGUCUAAAGAUGGUGGACCGAACUUCAAUGAGGAUACGCCAUCAUUUAUCUUAAGUGUAAGUUCAGGCCCACAUGUGUCCAGCUCUGUGUCUGUGAAGAGUGACCAGUCUAAAGAUGGUGGACCGAACUUCAGGGAGGAAACUCUAUCAUUUACCAACAGCUUCCAGUAUGAGACAUUAGACUCAGGAAUCCAGACUCACAUAAACCCAAAUAAUGUAAAUGAAAAACACUUCCAGGUGAUCUUCCAGGAGCUUGAGAGCAAAAUAAUCUUAUUUCUGAAAAAUGAACUGGCAAAAUUUAAGAAAAUAUUACAAAAAGAAGACACAGAAAAAUCUGUGAAGGACUUUAAUGAGAAUAAAUGCAGUAUCAAAGAAGCAGCUCUCAAUCUUACACUAUACUUCUUGAGAGAGAUAAAUCAAGCUGAAUCUGCCGAUACUUUAGAAGAUGAACUUUUCUACAUUCAUCAGCUAAAAUCAAGCCUGAAGAGGAAGUAUCAAUGUGUGUUUGAAGGAAAUACAAAGCAUGGCGAUUCUACACUUCUGAAUAACAUGUACACAGAUCUCUAUAUCACUCAGGGUUGUAGUGAACAGGUUAAUACUGAACAUGAAGUAAGACAGAUUGAAGUUGCUUCCAGACAUCAUGAAACACAAGAGAUACAGGUUGAAUGCAGAAAUUUGUUUGAAGCACAUGAACAAGAAAAGCAGAUUAGAACUGUGUUGACAAAAGGAGUUGCAGGCAUCGGGAAAUCAGUAUCUGUGCAAAAGUUUGUUCUGGAUUGGGCUGAAGGAAAAGAAAAUCAAGAAAUCAGCUUCAUAUUUCCUCUUCCAUUCAGAGAAAUUAACCUAAAUGCUGAAAAACAAAGUUUGAUGAACCUUAUAAGUCAGUUUUUUCCAGAGACAAAUGGACUGAACCUUAAAAGAAGGAAUAAUUUCAAAGCUCUGUUCAUUCUUGAUGGAUUGGACGAAUUUCGUUUUCCUCUAAACUUUGAUGGUAAUGAAACAUGGUCUGAUGUGUCAUCACCAGCAUCUCUGGAUGUUCUCCUGACAAACCUCAUCAAGGGAAAUCUGCUUCCUUCUGCUCUCAUCUGGAUCACCACCAGACCAGCAGCUGCCAGUAAGAUUCCUCCUGACUGUAUCGACCGGGUGACAGAGAUACGAGGAUUCAAUGAUGCACAAAAGGAAGAGUACUUUAAAAAAAGAUUUACAAAUGAGAAUCAGGCCAAAGAAAUCAUUGAUCAUGUUAAAAAAUCAAAGAGUCUUUUUAUCAUGUGCCACAUCCCAGUCUUCUGCUGGAUUUCAGCCACUGUUCUCCAGAAUAUCUUGAAGGACAAGGAUAUAAAAAAUAAUCAGGUUGAUGAUGCCUCCAAAACACUGCAGGAAUCAAAUACUGAAGACAUUCCCAAGACUCUGACACAAAUGUACACACACUUUCUCCGCUUUCAGAUCCAGCAGAGCAGACGAAAAUAUGAUGGAGAUUACACACCAGAUGUUUCCUGGGAUAAAGAUACCAUAAUAUCACUGGGGAGACUGGCAUUUCAUCAGCUGGAAAGAAACAAUGUGAUCUUCUAUGACACAGAUUUGGAAGCCAGUGGUAUUGACGUAUAUAAGGCAUCAGUGUAUUCAGGCAUGUGCACCCAGAUCUUUAAGCAGGAAACAGGGAUCAUUCUUGGUACCAUGUACUGCUUUGUUCACUUGAGUAUUCAAGAGUUUAUUGCAGCCCUUUAUGCACAUCUAUUUCUAGACAUCAACAAGAAAAAUGUGUUUGAUCAUGAAUCUAAAAAACAACAAAACAAAAAUGAAGCCAUGAUUGAUUUGCUCAAGACUGCAGUGGACAAGGCACUCGAAAGUGAAACUGGACACCUGGAUCUUUUCCUUCGAUUCCUUCUCGGUCUGUCACUCAAGUCUAAUCGGCCACUCUUACGAGGUUUGUUGACACAGAGAGAUGAAAAUGACCAGAGCAAUGAAAUAAUUCAGUACAUCAAGCAGAAAUUUGAAGCUAAUCUGUCUUCAGAGAGAUCCAUCAAUCUGUUCUACUGUCUAAAUGAACUGAACGACCAAACUCUGGUGAAAGAGAUUCAGACCCACCUCAGUAAAGGAAGUCUCUCACCUGCUGAACUUUCUCCUGGUCAGUGGUCUGCUUUGGCCUUUGUUUUGUUGACAUCAGAGGCAGAGAUGGAGGAGUUUGAGCUUCAGAAAUUCAAGAAAUCAGAUGAGUGUCUCAUUAGAUUAUCAGCAGUCAUCAGAACCUGCAAAAGAGCUCUGUUAAAUGAUUGUAAUUUAACAGACAAAAGCUGUUCAGCUUUGGCUACAGUUCUUGGAUCAGAUAACAAUCUGAAAGAGAUGAACAUGAACAAUAAUUAUCUGCAGGAUUCAGGCGUGAAGCUGCUAUGUACCGGACUACAGAAUGUAAAGUGUAAAUUGGAGAUACUGAGACUCUCUUACUGUAAUGUAAAAGAACAAGGUUAUAAAGCUCUGGCUUCAGCUCUGAGAUCAAACCCUUCACACCUGAUAGAGCUGGAUCUCACAGGAAAUGAUCCUGGACAAUCAGGAGUGAAGGAGCUUAGUGAUUUACUACAGGAUCCAAACUGUAGACUGAAGACACUGAGGUUUUUGGGUCCUGCUGCAGAUGAAGCCUGUCAGUAUGUGAUUGGAAUUGUGGGUAAAAACCCGUUACUCCUGAGAGAACUGAAUCUGAGUGAACAUGAACUAGGAGACACACGAGUGGAUCAGAUCUCUGCUCUAUUGCAGGAUAAACACUGUCAACUCAACACACUGACUCUGUAUAGAUGCAGUAUUACAGAGAAACAAUGUAUCAUCCUGACUUCAGCUCUGAAAUCAAACCCAUCACACCUGAGAGAACUGGACCUGAGUGGGAAUAAAAUAAAAAACACAGGAGUGAAUCACUUAUGUGACAUACUCAAGGAUUCACACUGUAAACUGGAGAGAUUGAGGUUCAGUGACUGUUAUAUUACAGAUGAAGGUUGUUCUGCUGUGACUUCAGCUCUGAAAUCAAACCCAUUACAUCUGAGAGAACUGGACCUGAGUUGGAAUGAACUAGGAGAUUCUGGAGUGAAACACCUCAGUGAUCUACUGAUGAACCCACAAUGCAAACUGGAGAAACUACAGUUAAGGUGCUGUUUUAUGACAGUUGAAGGGUGUUCUGCUCUGACUUCAGCUCUGAAAUCAAACCCUUCACACCUGAGAGAACUGAACCUGAGCUGGAAUGAACUUGGAGAUUCUGGAGUGAAAAAUCUCAAUGAUCUACUGAUGAACCCACGAUGCAAACUGAAGAAGCUGGAUCUGUGUGGAUGCAGAAUUACAGAGAAACAGUGUCUCAUCCUGACUUCAGCUCUGAAAUCAAACCCAUCACAUCUGAGAGAACUGCACCUGAGUGAAAAUAAACUAAGUGACUCAGGACUGAAAAACCUCUGUGAUCUACUGAUGAACCCACAAUGCAAACUGGAGAAGCUAGAUCUGUGUAUAUGCAGUGCUACAGAGAAACUGUGUCUCAUCCUGACUUCAGCUCUGAAAUCAAAUCCGUCACACCUGAGAGAACUGGACCUGAGUGGAAAUAAAAUAAAAAACACAGGAGUGAAUCACUUAUGUGACAUAUUGAAGGAUUCACACUGUAAACUGGAGAGAUUGAGUCUAAACGACUGUGGCAUUACAGAUGUUUCUUCUUUAACUCAGUCUUUGACAAACACAAAAGCACUGCAGUUUCUAAAAGAGCUUGAUCUGACAAACAAUAUGAUUGGAGACUCAAAGCAGCAGCUCACUGAUGUGCUACAAGACUCCAAAUGUGAACUGAGGUGAACUAGACUGUGA